CGGAUACGAGCCUGUUAUUGAUGCUCCACACAGAUGAAGAUGCCAGAUGCACAGACGCAUCAGUUAUCAUGUUUUCUGCUUUUUGCAUUAGUUUUCCGCCUCGGUUCAGCGGCGGAGGUCUCCGUGUGGAACGUGGAGAUCAACUCGACACAGGAUGCAGUGUUUCGAAAGACGCUGUACGCCAACACCACCAUUUUCAUGAAGUUCCAGGGUGACACGGCGUCAUGUGAUAAAAACCUGGCCUUCAACAUCAGCUGGUACCUGCGCUCCUCUGUCUGCUACAACGAGGUCUUCAACACGCCGGACAACAAGGCGAUGAACAUGUUCGACAUGGAUCACAUGUUGAAAGAGGACUGGAGCGGCUUCUACAGCCACGGCUACAUGUACUUCGAGAACUGCUCCUCCCUCUUCUUACCAAAGGUGUAUUACCCCGACUUCAACCCAUAUCAGCCCCUCACCAGCCCCAAGAGUGACCCGUCCAAUCAGAGCCUCAUUUGGCCUGACAAACCGGAUAUCAGUGCCGUGGCCAAGGCCUGGGGGGACAGUCCCUACCUGUUCAUAGUGAAAGUGCAGCCCAUUUUCCGCGGAGUCGACGACGAAGAAGCGGAGCAGCUCAACUUCGCCUUCACAAUGAAAGUGGAGAUGAAGGGACCACAUGACUACUCCUCUCCUGCAGACUGGCCUCUGAUGAUGUUUUUCAUGUUGAUGUGCAUCGUGUACGUGCUGUUCGGCGCUCUGUGGCUCUUCUGGUGCGCGUGUUAUUGGAGAGAUCUGCUGCGGAUCCAGUUCUGGAUUGGAGCCGUCAUCAUCCUCGGCAUGCUGGAGAAAGCCGUGUUUUACUCAGAGUACCAGAGCAUCCGCUACAAAGGAGACUACGUCCAAGGCGCAGUGAUUUUUGCCGAGCUGCUCUCUGCUCUCAAAAGAUCUCUCGCUCGAAUCCUGGUGCUCAUCGUCAGUCUCGGAUACGGCAUAGUCAAACCCAGGUUGGGCACAUCAGUGCACCGGCUGGCAGCUGUCGGGCUCCUCUACCUGCUCUUCUCCUCUGUGGAAGGUGUGCUCCGAGUCACAGGAGGUUUCUACGGGACGGUGGCUCUGGUGGCGAACCUCGGCCUCUCCCUUAUUGACUCCUGCGUCAUGUGGUGGAUUUUCAUCAGCCUGUCUCAGACCAUUCGCCUCCUGCAGCUGCGCAGAAACGUCGUGAAGCUGGCUCUCUACAAACACUUCACCAACACGCUCAUCUUCUCUGUGGUCGCUUCCAUCAUCUUCAUCAUCUGGACCACCAAAGUGUUCAAGCUGGUGGACUGCCAGAGGGGAUGGAGGGACUUGUGGGUGGACGAUGCUUUCUGGCGCCUGCUGUUCUCCACCAUCCUGAUGGUGAUCAUGGUGCUGCUGCGGCCCUCUGCUAACAGCCAGAGGUUCUCUCAUUCUCCUCUGAUUGAUGAAGAUGACGAUGAGGAAGAGGCCAAGGAGCCCAUGCUGAACGAAGCUUUUGAGGGAAUGAAGAUGAGGGGCUCCAAGCCGGACUCUAAUGGCUCCCAGAAACUAUUGAGUAAAGAGGAUGAAGACCUAAAAUGGGUUGAGGAAAACAUUCCUACAUCUGUCAUUGAUGUAGCUCUCCCUGUAAUGCUGGAUGAGGAAGAGGAGAUUCUGAAAACCAAGUUGGAGCGAUCCAAAAUGGAGUAGAAGUCGUCGUGAGGAGAGGAUGUGAUGUAUUGGAAAGAAAGCAAUUUCACUGAGGCAGCAAUGAAUGCAUUCUCAGUGAUCUGAUUACCAAAAAGAAUGUGGGCAAAGCCAACCUUUCUCUUCUCCAGACACUUUGCGUUUCUGGUUUUAUUUCACAGGUAUUGUGUCGCACUGUAAUAAGCUCCGAGAAUAGUGUUUCAUAUUAAGAUCUUUACUGCGCAACAUGUAGUUUGGAGGGGUUGGUUUUCAGGAGGGAGGGGAAACUGAUGCAAGAGCACUUUGAUAAAUAUAUUAUUUGUUUUGAAGACGCAUUCAAUGUCACAAAAUAGGUCAAAAUUCGACAGAAUCCGUGCAUUUUACACAAUUUAAAAGUGCAUUGGAAUUAGACUAAUACAAUAUUUCACAUAAAAUAAAUUACCCAAUUCAAUCCAAGUGAUCCUAGCGCCUGAUUUGUCAAAUGUGUAGGACUGCAACGACUGAUUUCAGAUCCGUUCAGGUACAAAUCAUGUUGAUAAUUAGGCAGUUUUAUCCAGCCAGAUAUAUCUGAUAAUUGUACAGAUGGAGCUUAAAACACACGCUGAAAACGGCAAGUUAUUGUUCAUAAUGAGGUCACAUUUACACAGCGUCUGAUACUUGAACUUAUCGUUGGUAAUGUGCUGUAAAAAGACUAGAAAUGUAAAAAAAAAAAGCUGUUUUCAGCUGGUGUUUUACAUGUAAAAUGGGUCACAUAACAACAAUACAUUUCAUAUUUAAAUAUAUAGAUAUGGUGUGAUUAGCCAUUUAACCAGAUAACAAAAAUUAAUUAUUUCAUAAGCUAAUUUCUUAUAGCUUCUUCAACAAAUCAUAUAUGUAUAUCUUUUUGUUAACACCCGACUAACACUGUUAUCUGGCUCAAUGAUUAAUCUAAAUAUAGAAAUACAGAACUUACUUUUAUAAUAUGUAAACACGGCUGCAUCAGUGUGUAUUGAAACUUGAAGCAUAUCACCGUAAGAUGUACAUGUGUGUGUUAACUACAACACACUGUUAUCUGUUCUGGGAGAAUGUAAUAUAUAUAAACACAGUGUCAUCAGAGGCGUUCAGAUUGUCAUCAGAGGUGUUCAGAUUGUCAUCAGAGGCGUUCAGAUUGUCAUCAGAAGCGUUCAGAUUGUCAUCAGAAGCGUUCAGUUUGUCAUCAGAAGUGUUCAGAUUGUCACUUCAACACAGUACAUUUCAAGCUACUGGAAAUAAGAGUCUAAUGAUAGCGAUUUUAGAGCUUUUACUGACUAAUGAAAGACUGCACGGUCCUCAGAGUGGAAAAAAGACCCGCUUUCAAGGAUAAGAGGUCUAAAAUUAAGGAUGUUUAUUUUUAUCUCUAUAAAAAACAAGCUUUUAUAGUGGCUCCAUUAAUAGCUGUGAUUUAUGUCUACUUAAUUCCACCAUUUCUUUUAGCUACUGUAUCACAGAAUCCACUACUAAGCUUCACAGAUGUGGUGUCGGCCUACAUUUAAAUGAUUUACUGUAUGUAUGUAUGUAAUCCUUUCUCAGAGUUUUGCCACCCUAAUUCAGUUGCACAGUGUAGAUUAAAAUGAAAAAAUCUGUACAUGCUAAAUGAAUCAUUUCCAUUUCACCCAUCAAUCCAAUUUACACUCCCAAUAAUCCUGCCUUUCUGUGGCAGAAUGAUAUGCCCGUCCUUGUUAAAACUACUGCAGUACAGUAUGUGUGUAUGUUUUAAAACUCUUAAUUAAUGUCUCUUUUUUUUUUUAUAUAUUUGUCCAACUCUUGUUGAGGAUUUAUUUUUAUUUUAGAGAGAAAUUAAAGCCCAAUUUCUGGAUGUGAGUCUGCGUAGUAAUGUAAAGCUAAUGAUAUUGUAUGGCUUUUUGCGUGUGUCCUGCAAAUAAAAUUUAUAUUAUAACACAA